AUGUAUGGCAUCAGAAUGUUAGGCAACAAGUGGGUGGAGCUGCAUUGGGUGUUUAUGUUUGAGGUGGAUCCAGCUCAUACAGGAAAAGUUGAGCCAAAUGAAGCAGCGUUGUUCCUGAAGAAGUCUGGGCUCUCUGACGUUACCUUAGGAAAGAUUUGGGACUUGGCAGACCCUGAAGGCAAAGGCUACCUGGAUAAACAGGGCUUUUAUGUGGCUUUACGCCUGGUAGCGUGUGCACAGAAUGGCCAUGAUGUUAGCCUGAGCAGUCUAAAUGUGACAUUGCCACCACCCAAAUUUCACGACAGCGGUAGUCCCUCUCUGGUAGCACCUCCUCCCUCCUCAGACACGCAGUGGGCUGUAAGGCCUGAAGAGAAAGCCAAAUUUGAUGGAAUUUUUGAAAGCUUGACUCCACUAAAUGGCCUCCUCUCCGGUGAUAAGGUCAAACCCGUGUUGAUAAAUUCAAACCUACCUCUGGAUGUCUUGGGAAGGGUUUGGGAUCUGAGUGAUGUUGAUAAGGAUGGCCACCUGGACAGAGAUGAGUUUGCUGUGGCAAUGCAUCUUGUUUACAGAGCCUUGGAAAAAGAGCCAGUUCCAUCUGUUUUGCCAUCUUCACUUCUGCCACCGUCCAAGAGAAAGAAACAAGGACCAACACUUGCUGGUGCUGUACCUGUGCUACCUGCCAGCCCUCCACCUAAAGAUAGCCUGCGAUCUACUCCUUCACAUGGCAGUAUUAACAGCCUAAAUAGUGCAGGCAGCAUCUCUCCAAAACACAUUAAACAGCCAGUUAAUUGGGUUGUGCCAUCAAAUGACAAAAUGCGGUACGAUGACAUCUUCCUCAAAAUAGAUUUGGAUAUGGAUGGGUAUGUCAGUGGCUUGGAAGUCAAAGAUAUCUUCAUGCAGUCGGCACUUCAUCAGAACAUCCUGGCUCAUAUCUGGGCACUGGCCGACACAAAACAGAUAGGGAAACUGAACAGGGAACAGUUUGCUUUAGCAAUGUAUCUGAUUCAGCAGAAGGUCAGCAAAGGAAUUGACCCUCCACAGAUGCUUACUCCUGAAAUGAUACCACCAUCAGAGCGGACUACGCCAGUAUCAAGCCUCUCAGGCUACAUGACUCCUGUUGGGCCUGAUAUUUCGCAACUAACAGAAAUGAGGCGUGAUAGCACAAGUUCGGUCGGCUCAGGAGAUUUUACUGGCAUCAAAGAGCUGGAUGCAAUUAGCAAUGAAAUCAGUGAACUACAAAGGGAGAAAUAUAUAUUGGAACAGGACAUCCGAGAGAAAGAAGAGGCCAUCCGACAGAAAACAAAUGAAGUACAGGAACUACAAAAUGACCUGGACAGAGAGAAUAAUAACCUGCAGGAGCUGGAGUCCCAGAAGCAGGCUGCCCAGGACAGGCUGGAUGAAAUGGACCAACAAAAGGCCAAGCUUGAAGACAUGCUCAGUGACAUCCGGCAGAAGUGUCAGGAGGAGAACCAGACGAUUUCAUCGCUGAAGACACAGAUUGCAAAUCAGGAGUCAGAUAUGCAGUCCCAGGAAGAGGAGCUAAACAAAGCCAAAACCGAGCUAAAUAAACUGCAGCAAGAGGAAUCACAAUUAGAACAGAGCAUUGAGGCUGGCAAGGUGCAACUUGAGACAAUCAUCAAAUCACUAAAAUCUACUCAGGAUGAAAUUAAUCAGGCAAGAAGUAAACUUUCCCAAUUACAAGACUCACAGCAGGAAGUUAGUAAAAACAUUGACCAGUACAGCAGUGCGUUGAAUGGCUCGUUAACUGAUCAUGGUGGGAGCAUGACUAACCUGGCAGACAUGAGCGAUGGCCUUGCAGAGAGAGACAGUGGCUUUGCAACAAUGGAUGAUCCCUUCAGAGGCAAAGCAUCACCAUUCAAUAAUAAUGUUCAAGAACUGCAUACGGACCCAUUUCAGUCAGAAGAUCCUUUCAAGACAGAUCCAUUCAAAGGAGCUGAUCCCUUCAAAGAUAAUGAUCCAUUCCAAAAUGACCCAUUUGCCCAACAACAGGCUGCUGCAACAGAUCCAUUUGGUGCCGAUCCAUUUAAAGAAAGUGAUCCUUUCCAUAAUGUAUCAUCUGAUGAGUUCUUCAAGAAACCGCCAAAGAGCGAUCCUUUCACAUCUUCAUCCACUGACCCUUUCAGCAGAGAGCCCACUGUGCCACCUAAAGCUGACCCCUUUGGAAAUAGUGAUCCUUUUGCACCGGCUGCAUCCAAGGGCGCAGAUCCAUUUGGAACAUUGGACCCUUUUGGAAGUAGUGCCUUUGGGAGUGGAGGUUUUGCAGACUUCACCCAGAUGUCCAAGCCCUCAAAUCCAGAUCCUUUUGCUACUUCUGGCUCGGGACAGUUUGGAGGGCAUGGAUUCACCGAUGACCCUUUUCAAAGUAAACAAGAUACACCAGCACUGCCCCCAAAGAAAAGUGUACCCCCACGACCUAAAGCACCCCCUAGUGGUAAAAGUACCCCUGUAAACAGGCCUGGCUCGGCCGACUCUGUCAAGUCCCACGAUCCUUUCCAGCCCUUUGGUGCUGAUGACGGUGAUCCAUUUCAAAGUAAAAAGGGGCUCGGUGACCCAUUCAGCGGUAAAGAUCCCUUCGCGCCUACUUCCUCAAGUAAAACUUCUAAAGACUCCUCUUUGGGUUUUGCAGACUUCAGCUCUUUUGGUAAUGAAGAGCAGCAGCUGGAAUGGGCAAAAAGGGAGAGUGAAAGAGCAGAACGUGAGAGAUUGGAACGGUUGCGAAAGCAAGAACAAGAGGACCUAGAGCUUGCAAUAGCACUCAGCAAAGCAGAAAUGUCUAAUGUGUAAAUAAUGCCCUGGUCCACUUAAUAAAAGGCGUGUGAACUGUCAAAGUGAAGGGCGAAAGAAAUGAAAAGGAAAGAGAAAAUGAGCAGACACUGGGUAUUCUGAGUGCACUGGACAGUAACUGGCUCCAACCCCACCCCACUUCCUCUCCAGAUGGCAUCUAAACAAUCACUUUGUGGACCAGUGGGAUAAUUUGCAUGGACUUGGUUGGGGUGGGGUGGGAGGUGGGGGUGGCACAGGAAAUGAGGUUGCUUAAAAAAAUACUCUUUGUAAUUAAAAAGGAGAGAGAACCUGUACUAUUCUCAGUCAAUCAGCAAUUUUAGAUCUUGUGUUUAUGCACAUGAAAGACUUGAAAGCUUUGUUACCAAUGCUAACUAAAUUUAACUACGGUAUUGAGAGAAGUAAAGCCAAACCCCUGCACUCUGUCUCUCAAAGGAAGAAAUACAUAAUAUAUAUAAACUGCCCGGUUUGUUCUCCUCUUUGUGGUGCAAAAUGCCUAGUGGUGUUUCUGCAAAUUCUAAAUGUACAGUGUUCGGUUUUAUGUUUUAUAACAACCCACCCAUACCUCCCCAUCAAACAUGCCUUAGUGAUGCUGCAAGAUUGCAGUAAACUAAAACCCUGGACAGGAACCACCUUGUUCAGUACAGCUCAUUAACCUGUAAAGACUUGUACAUUAUGUCAGUUAUAUUUGUCCAAUCGAAUGUUGUGUAACUUAAAAAUCUAUCAGAUUUUAACUCAUUGCACAUUGCUUUUCUUUAAUAUAAUAAAUGUGUGAAGACAUUCCUGUA